AUGGCGGAGCAUGGCGAUGGAAACAUCAAGGUCGUUGUGCGAUGCAGGCCCCUCAAUUCACGCGAAAUUGCCCGCGGCGCGAAAUGUCUGGUGCGGAUGGAGGGGAACCAGACAAUCCUAGAUCCUCCGGAAGUGGGCUCGGCAGGUGCACAGGCUGCGUCGGGGCGUGCAGCUGAGCGCAAGGCCAUGAACUUCGCAUUCGACAAAAGUUACUGGUCCGCGGGUCCUAGGGAUGAACCCCAGUACUGCUCGCAGCAAACUCUUUACGACGAUCUUGGCAAGGAGUUGUUGGACCAUAGUUUCUCGGGGUUUAACGCGUGUAUUGUGGCCUACGGACAGACAGGUUCUGGGAAAUCGUAUAGUAUGAUGGGCUACGGUGCCGACAAGGGAAUCAUCCCGCUCACCUGUCUUGAGCUUUUCUCGCGCGUGGAGCAGAAGACGGCCCAGGACCCCAACGUCAGCUUCACUGUUGAGGUCUCAUAUAUCGAAAUCUACAACGAGAAGGUCCGCGACCUUCUUAACCCGAAGAACACUGGAAACCUGCGCGUCCGUGAACAUCCUAGUCUAGGGCCGUACGUGGAGGACCUUUCGAAACUUGUGGUCAGUAGUUAUGAUGAGAUGAUGACUCUGAUGGACGAGGGUAAUAAGGCGCGAACGGUCGCGGCGACGAACAUGAACGAGACGUCGUCGCGUUCGCAUGCCGUGUUCACACUAAUUCUAACCAUGAAGCGUCAUGAUGUCGACACCAACCUUGACACGGAAAAGGUGUCGCGCAUCAACCUGGUCGACCUUGCGGGGUCCGAACGUGCAAACUCAACCGGCGCCACAGGCCAGCGGUUGAAGGAGGGUGCCAACAUCAACAAGUCGCUCACGACUCUCGGAAAGGUCAUUUCCGCCCUCGCCACAGCGAGUCAGUCGGAAGGCAAAAAGGGGAAGAAGGGCAAGGCCGAAGAUUUCAUCCCAUACCGUGAUUCGGUCUUGACAUGGUUGCUGAAGGACAGUCUUGGCGGGAACAGCAAGACGGCCAUGAUCGCAGCCAUCUCCCCAGCCGACGUGCAGUACGAGGAGACUCUCAGUACGCUACGAUACGCCGAUCAGGCCAAGAAGAUCAAGAACAAGGCAGUAGUGAACGAGGACCCGAACGCGAAGCUUGUGCGCGAACUCAAGGAGGAGCUCGAAAUGCUCCGUGCGCGCGUCUCAGGAGCGAGCAACGAGUCGGUCUUCGACCCGACAAUCCCAGCUGCGCAGCAGAAAGUCACGUAUCAGGCGAAAGACGGGACUAUCAAGACAGUCACGAAAGCCGAACUGCAAGAACAACUCGAGACCAGUGAGAAGUUGAUGCAAGGCUUGAACGAGACAUGGGAGCAGAAGAUGCAUCGCACGCAGGAGAUCCAGCAAGAGCGUGAAAAGGCACUGGAGGAGCUGGGUAUCACCGUUGAGAAGAAUAACGUGGGCGUGCAUACACCCAAGAGGAUGCCCCAUCUGGUCAACCUGAACGAAGAUCCUCUGAUGAGCGAAUGUCUCAUUUACCAACUCAAGCCUGGGCGGACGGACGUUGGUCGUUUGGACAGUGACAAACCAGCUAUCAUCAAGCUUAGCGGAGAGAGCAUCAACGAGGAGCAUUGCUAUUUCGAUAACAACGACGGCAAGGUUACUCUACAUGCCAUGCCCAACGCUGUGACGUUCUUGAACGGUCGCCAAAUCACUCCUGGUCAGGCUUUCAAGCUGCGAUCAGGUUUCCGUAUCAUCCUAGGCGAGCAUCACGUCUUCCGCUUCAACAACCCAGAAGAAGUGCGGAAGCUGCGAGAUCGAGCGAGGGCGAAGUCGACCAUGAGUAUCAGCGUCACCGCGGCGGACCUUGCGGCCGGCGAGCUUGCAGAGGGUACACGACCGAGUUCCCCAACAGAAUCGAACGUAGAAGUUGGAGACGUCGACUGGACAUUCGCCAAACGCGAAGCUGCGCUAGCGCGGCUUGGUUUGGAUCCUUCCUUGGACAACCUUCCGGACGAGGACUUGAACAAGCUCUUCGAGAAGAUCACGAAGGUGAAGACAAUGCGAGACCAUAACGCUAAGCGUCCGGAGAGCAGCCUCAGUCACGCGGACGACAUCUGGAGCGAGUCUGGUCGGCCACUCUCGAGCGACGCUUUGACGGACGACACCAGCGUUGACGCGAUGACGAGCCAUGACAGCCCUGAGCUCAGCGACUCACUCAAGGACGUGCAGAACCAACUCGAGUCCCAGCGCGCAGAGUUCGAGACGCGCCUUCAGGCGAUUUCCGAGUCGUCGGAGGCGGAGGAUCUGAAGGCAGAGAAGGAACAGAUGGAGCACCAGCUCAAGAUGGUGCAGGUACAUAUGAAGCGCCUGUACGAUGCAAGAGCGCGCGGAGAAGAUGCGGAGGAUAUUCCGUUCGAGCCUGUCAUCUACACGGGCAAGCAGCUUCGUCUGAUUCGCAAGGUCCUGGACAAAUGGCGCGCGCACCGGUCCUUCUCCAUGGCUGAAGUUGUUCUGUCGAACGCGGUGUUGAUCAAGGAGGCCAACAUCAUCAGCAAGGAGCUGGGGAAGGACGUAUUGUACAACUUCGCGAUCGCCGCUGGUGGUACUCUGGCUGCACCCGCGUCCGCCAUUGACUCCAUCGCUGGCCUCGACCAGUUCGGCGACGUUGCAGAUCCCGUCCUAGCGUCUGCAACGCAACCGUCUGUCGCAGUGAAGGUUCUCGACAUGCGGCACAACGCCAUUUACGUAUGGUCGCUUGACCGCCUACAACAGCAGCUCCAGCGCAUGCGUAACCUCACCACGUUCAUUGACCGGCCGUCGUACUCCCAACAUUUCUCCUCCGAGGAGCCGUUCUACGACAGCCCUCCCCCCGAAUACUCGUUUAUCGGCAACGCUCUUCUAUCACUGGCACCACUUUCUAGGAGGUUGUCCUCGUCAUCGACGGUGCCAAUCUUCUGCAGAUACACUGCGGAGGCGAUUGGUUCCUGUCGCGUGGAGAUCAAGAUCGCACAUGUUGUCCUUUCUCCUAAACAUGCCAACGCAUCGACCACAUCCACCCGCUCAUCGUCUCCUGUGCCGGGCACAGUCCCUCCUGGCAGCAAGCUCACAUUCUACCUCAUCGUCGACCAAGUCAAAGGUCUUUCACAUCACGACUUCUCCUUUGUUCACCUCCAAGCAAGGCUGUCUUCGUUCCUCGGUCCAUCCCUAACUGCUGAAGAAGUGUACCCCUCCACUGCCGUCGACCUAGACUCGGCCUCCCUCUCGGAUCUGAAGUUCCGGAGGAGUUUUUCGAUGGUCGCGUCCUCGAGGGUCCUCGGGUACCUCCGUCAAGGCUACGUACCAAUAGAGUUCUACGCACGUCUCAAGCCUACGUACCUCGAGCGUAUGGAACGUUGGGACGAGAUGCGCGAAGUUCGUAUCCCGACCAGCGUGGGCGCCUCGUCAUCUAGCUCCCCGAGGAGUCAGCCAUCGGUCUUGCCCCCUAUGCGGCGGUCGGAAAACGACUUCGUCGUAGAGCAACUCCACGACGUGACCGCUUGGCUUCAGGUUUGCGAACUUGCCCCAGACGGGUCGUACAAGCCAGUUCCCGUCGUUUCGCAGGGCUAUCACGACCCAGGCUCGUUUCAGUUGCAUCAAGGCCUUCAACGCAGGAUCGUACUCACGCUGUCUUCCCACUCUGGUCGCCAACUCCCCUGGACCGAGGUCACUCGAAUACGUCUUGGCAACAUCCGUCACCUCGACGCCAAGGGCAUGCUGCACGAGUCGCCGUCCAAGGCGCUUAUCACGCUUCCCCUUCUCCAGGAGCAGAACGUCGAGUACAAGCCCGACGGCACCGGUACGAUCACCGCGGAGGCGCUCUGGGACUCGAGCGUGCACAACUCGAUUCUCCUCAACCGCGUAACCACCGCUGGUCAGCGCAUCUUCCUCCAGGUGAUGUGGACCGUCGCGGUCGAGACGUGCGCCGAGCCGGUGCAGUUCUCGAUGGACACCGCCGUGACAAUCCAGACGCGCGACGCGCGCCCGCCUUCUCGCUUGACGUCCCUCUUUGGUUCGACGAAGAUCCUGCCGAAAACGAGCACUCUGUUCUCGGUGAAGUUGACGCCGCCCCUAACGCGCUCGCCGAAGGACCUGUGGCGACUCGACACCGCGGAGAAGUAUGUUCGUGGGGAAGAGGCACUCGGGAUAUGGCGACCUCGCAGUGUCUCUGUGGUCGAAGACUAUUCUAGGCUAGUGACGAUGGAACGUCGCGCGGCGGACGUCCAGGCCAUCAGGGUGAUCCUCGCUGCUUCUCCGAGCAGCAAAGUCAAGCAGCAAGACGCAGAGGUGUGGGCGUCGGAGGGUCUUGUAGAGAAGGCGCUUGCAUUGUGGCAGAAGCGGUUCGGCCACCGUGGCGAGAUCGUCAUUAGCCAGGAACCCGCUGAGCCUGACGUCUUGAGCGUGACUUCGGGGAGGGCUUCUGAGGCGGGGUCCGUCGACUCAUUGAAGCUCAAUUCGAGCACGAAGCUUGUUCCGAGAAACGACGGGCCGACGAAGAAGGGCCACCUCAUGGUCAUGACCGACGCCAAUGAGAACAUCUGGGAGCGGAGAUGGUUCGUCCUGAGAAGACCGUAUCUCCACGUGUACUUGCACUCGAAUGAGGUAGAGGAGACCGGAGUGAUCAGUCUCAACGGGGUAAACAUAGAGAGUAAUCCGGAGAUGGAGGCUCUCCUUGGCAAAAAGUUCACGUUCACGCUCUUCACAUCGUCGAACUCGUAUGCGCUGGCUGCACCAAGCCAGAAGGAGCUCCAGGCCUGGAUAUCGAAGCUGGACCCGACCCGGCUUCCCUCAUGACGCGACACGAACCUUCACGACUUCCUUUCCAUCUCUUAUUCCUAUCUUCUCUUCCUAUUACCUGCUUUCCGCGCUGAACUCCACCCUAGUCCUUACCUCCUCGCGGUCGCCCUCGCUCGUUGUGUUGAUUGCUCACCUGUACUCGUUCGUUUGGAGGGAUCUUUCGUAGCCGUCUCGGUCAGGUCUCGCUCGUCGCAUAUGCAUCUAACCGCAACCCUAUCUAGGCAUACCACACAUA